AUGAUCCCUGGCUCGGCUACACACAAGUGGGACCUUUUCAUCAACGGCAUGAAGGUCGAAGUGAAGUCUACUCUCAAGAUUCUAGGACUAACGUUGGAUAGGAAGAUUUCUAACAAUGAAACGUAUUUCGGCAAAGUUACAUAGAAUUUAUUACAAGACCUCAGCUCCUAAAACGAAUAUCUGUCUUUGUAAUGCAGUUUUAGCCUGUCUUAGUAAGGAGCAGAGCGAUAGACUAGAAGAUGCUAACUAUUAUAUCUUAACAACUCUAUUUAGGACAAAGAAUGAAAGCCACGAAACUUUACUGAGUAUCGUUGGCAUGAAUACUUUGAAACAUCGUCGUUAUUACCAAGCUCUGGUGUUGACUUAUAAAUGUCUUAACUCAAUAGGUCCAAAGUACAUUGCCGAUUUUCUGAAUUUGAGGGACAUAUGUUAUAAACUAAGUGGUAAGGGAAGUAACUUGAUACAGCCUCAUUUUAACACUGAGUGGAUGCAUAAAUCCUCUUCACUUAUAGCUUGCAAGCUGUGGAAUAAGCUACCGUUA